AUGGUUGUGGCUAACAUAGUGGUUUGCAUCAAUUCUCUAGUGGGCUACCUCUGCAAUGGAAUGCUGAUAUAUUUGAUUCUGAAAAACCCGAACACUCGAAUGGGGACUUAUCGCUAUCUAAUCCUCGUUUUGGCCAUCUUUAACAUCAUCUAUGCAACCGCACAUUUAUUGGUGAUCCCGCUUCAAAUCAACGGCACUCUUCAUUUCAAUUGGCGUCCAUGGACAUGUUUGGUCGUUUGCAUGACGCAAAUGUCUGGAAUGUUUUGUGUGAUUUUGUAUUGUGGCUGGUCGAUGCAUCGUAAAUUGAGUUCAUCAGAGAUGGCGAGUGAAAGGGGAUAUCGGCUACAGAAACAACUAUUCCAAGCACUCCUCAUACAGUUCCUCGUCCCAAUCAUCCUCGAAUACAUCCCUUGUACAUCUGUUUUCCUUGUACCGAUGUUUGGACAAAAAGUGAAUUUGGAAUGGGCAACAAUGGGAAUCUCUCUGUAUCCCGUUUUUGAGCCAAUCGUUGUCAUUUAUUUCGUGAGAGAAUACCGAGUGACUCUUCGGCGUUUAAUUUUCGGUAAAAAACGCGGCGGCGCUGUUUCUUAUACAUCGGAAAUGACAACACAGCAUUCUCAAAGUGAUUCCCAUGUGAAAGACUCGAAAAUGCCGUCAAAUGCGACAAAAAGUGUUUCAAAGACGCUUAAU